AUGCCUCGGAGAAGGUCUGCCCGCGGAAGGUCCCGGUAUGUGCCAAUCUUCCCCAGAGCUGCCUUCGAUAGGAUUGUGCGGGAAAUUGCACACGACAUGACCACAGAUCUCAACGGCAGAGGAAACGAGCCCCUGCGGUGGCAGAGGCAGGCGAUGGACGCGGUGCAGGAGGCAGCGGAGGUCUUCCUGAUCGAGUUGCUCGAAGACGCGCUGCGCCUUCGAAGUGGACGUGAGUCUGACGAGGCCUGCACAGCCAACUCUGCGCCUUGCACGCUCGACGCGUUACCGUCCGAGUUGCGGACAUCCAGCUCGCCCGCAGGCUGA